AUGUCCGACGUUCCCUAUUUGUUCGAAAUGGCCAAAGAGCCGCGGUGCACACAUGUGAUUGGCGACAUUUUUAUCAUGAAUUUGACCGACAUCGAACUUCCUGUCGACAUCUACCGAAGUGUUCGUAAAAUCUACGGAUCCAUCAUCGUCAUCAACAACACCAACAUCCACACCCCAAUCCAUUUCCCGUCGCUUCGAUUCAUCAACGCCACCGUACUCCCCGCAAUCACCGCAUUCAAAAAUCGAAAUGUGAUGGUUUCCGUGGGACCUCACUUCAAAAAAGCCAUCAGCGAACAGAAGCAUGGAAUCACUUUUGCGGUGGUCCAUAACUUGAAUUUCGUUAUUGAUACUGACCAGUACAACUUGUGGUGGUUGGCCGGCUAUCCAAACGGCCGAUUCCUCCUGGACUCCGGAUUGAUGGCCAGCGUUUGUGACGAGAAUUUGUUCAAACCGAUCGCCGCAAUUCUGGGAUGGCUAUUCGUCGCGCUGGCGCUCGGAUUAUCCACUGUCGCCUUCUAUGAUCGUCCGACGAAGAAGCAGAAGCAAGAGUAG